GUGAUCGGGAACAAGUGGGACCACUACCUCGAUCUUCUCCAGGCCGACUACACUGAGGGGGAUGCUCUGGAUGCCUUGGGCUUGGUUCGCUACUGCUGCCGCCGUAUGCUCAUGACCCAUGUUGACCUCAUUGAGAAGUUGCUCAACUACAACACCCUGGAGAAGACGGAGACAAGUUGAAGUUAAUUGAACCCAUUCUGCCUCGAAACCUUUGUUCCUUUGUACUUUCCAAGAUGCUGUUUCUUACGUCAGUGCUUAGGAGGUGAAAGGACUGUUAGUGUGACCAUGCGUUUCUACUAUGUAAUCUUCAGGGCUAUAUUAACCAACAAGUCUAUGCAUUCUCCAGUUUCAAACUUAUUAUGCUCCAAGCGUUGAACA